GGGGCGGGGCUGUGGGGAGGGCACCGACUGACCGACGGACCCCGCCGGGAUGGGGAGUGUGGCUGCUCCGCCAGGGUCCUGCGGGUGGGAGAGACGCUCCGCGACCACGGGUGUCCGGAGCCCCUCCGUGUUGUGCUAGAGAUGCUCUUCCUCUCGUUUCAUGCAGGCUCCUGGGAAAGCUGGUGCUGCUGCUGCCUGAUUCCAGCCGACAGACCUUGGGCCCGGGAGUGGGGCCGGCGCUGGCGGCUGGAGAUGGCCGACCCGAGAUCCGUGCACGAAACCAGGUUUGAGGCGGCGGUGAAGGUGAUCCAGAGUUUGCCGAAGAAUGGUUCUUUUCAGCCAACAAAUGAAAUGAUGCUCAAAUUCUAUAGCUUCUAUAAGCAGGCAACUGAAGGACCCUGUAAAGUUUCAAGGCCUGGAUUCUGGGAUCCUAUUGGAAGAUACAAAUGGGAUGCUUGGAGUUCAUUGGGUGAUAUGACCAAAGAGGAAGCCAUGAUUGCAUAUGUUGAAGAAAUGAAAAAGAUUCUUGAAACUAUGCCUGUGACUGAGAAAGUUGAAGAGUUGCUACAUGUCAUAGGUCCAUUUUACGAAAUUGUAGAAGACAAAAAGAGUGGCAGAACUUCUGAUUUAACCUCAGUCCGACUGGAGGAAACCUCUAAAUACUUAGAAGAUCUUGGUAAUUUUCUAACUUCUGCUCCAAAUGCCAAAACUGUUAAUGGUAAAGCUGAAAGCAGUGAUAGUGGAGCUGAGUCUGAGGAAGAAGACGCCCAAGAAGAAGUUAAAGGAGCAGAACAAAGUGAUAAUGAUAAGAAAAUGAUGAAGAAAUCUGCAGACCAUAAGAAUUUGGAAAUCAUUGUUACUAAUGGCUGUGAUAAAGACAACUCUGCUCGGGAUACACAGAAUGACUUUCAUGCCGGUUCUUCCUUGAAUGGCAGAAGUGCUGAAGAAAUAAAGGCUGUAGAUGAAAACUUGGAGCAAACUGGAAAAGAUGCUGUGUGCAUUCAUCAAGAUAUAAAUGAUGAUCAUUUUGAAGAUGUUUCAGGAAUUCAUCAUUUGACAAGUGAUUCAGACAGUGAAAUUUACUGUGAUUCCAUGGAGCAACUUGGACAAGAAGAGUCUUUAGACAGCUUUACAUCAAACAACGGACCAUUUCGAUAUUACCUGGAUGGUGAUCCCAAUCAGCCCUUGGAAAAUUCUGCUUUUCCUGAAGAAGGAUCUCCUGGAAAUGGCAACAUUGGGGAACUGCAGGUGGUAGCCGUUGAAGGAAAAGGUGAAGUAAAGCAUGGAGGAGAAGAUGGCCGGAGUAACAGCGGAGCACCACACCGUGAGAGACAGGGUGGAGAAAAUGGGGACUGCCCUAACGUCAGAAGAGGGAGAGGGCAUAGACUGCCACACAUGAGCGAAGGACCCAAGGGUCGGCAAGUAGGAAGCGGAGGUGAUGGGGAACGCUGGGGCUCCGACAGAGGGUCAAGAGGCAGCCUCAAUGAACAGAUUGCUCUCGUCCUCCUGCGCCUGCAGGAGGACAUGCAGAACAUCCUUCAGAGACUUCAUAAACUGGAAACACUAACGGCUUCGCAGGCAAAAUCGUCCACAUUACAAACCAGUAAUCAGCCUCCGUCACAGAGACCAUCUUGGUGGCCCUUCGAGAUGUCUCCUGGUGCAUUAAUUUUUGCUAUCAUAUGGCCUUUUAUUGCCCAGUGGUUGGUGCAUUUAUAUUAUCAGAGAAGGAGAAGAAAACUGAACUGAAGAAAAUGAUAUUUUCCCCAAGAAGACUACUGGGCCUGAAUGACCUCAGAAUGAAAUGGAACUUCCGUGGAACUCACAAGAAAUCUUAGUUUGUGAUGAUUACACUUCUUUUUGUCGUCAGUAGUUUGGUUUGUGUACAUAUAUACAUAUAUAGAUAUUUUGCACUACACAAAUGAUAACAUUUUAAGGACUAAUAUUGCUGAUACUUGAAUCAUUAAUCUCACCUAGGCUAUAAGUAGCAUACAUAGAUUUGCCCUACCCUUGAACUUGAAAGACAUUAAAUUAUUAAUUAUUGUUUGGUAACAUGUUUACCUGAUUAUCUCCCAUAGAGAACUAUAAGCUGCUUUUCCAAGGUAUAGUUGUGAUAAUGAGAUGAGAUUUGUAACUGGAUAUUUUUAAUUUUCUAAAUCAACUAUGAGAAAGAAUGCAAACCAGGAGUGAAUUUCAAAUGAGAUUAAAUCAACUUUCUGUCUUAGUCACUGAAUUGCCAUGCCAAGGACUAGAAAACUGCUGGAGAAUCUUCUCCACAUCCACUCCGUGGGCUGCCCCGAAUCCCUCCUGGGCAUUCACAGUGCUGACUUUAGUGUUUAGGCGCCCUUAUUACAAAGUAGAGCCGUACAUCCGAGGCGUACUUUUUCCAAACGAACGCAGACUAGACAUAACCUGCUGACAGGAAUGAUGAAGAAUCGGCUGCAAGUAGGCCUGGAAGUACACUCUGAGCCUGUAGCUCAUUGGUAAGAUUUUCUCCAGCCGUAUACAUUUAUUCCUUUGUAAUCGCUUUUCUGUAACUGAGGAUAUCUUGUUUCUGCUUCAUAGGGUGCUUUGAAAUAUAAAAUGAAAACUUAUUUAUACUGUUUUUACAAAGGUCAAAAAGGAAACACAUGGAAAUCACUUUUCUGCAACUGGUAAACUACGCAGACUGGACUCCUAACCUCUUAGUGCCUCCGUUUUUCUCUCAUUCAAAGGCAUAUAAUUCAGUUACUUGCUUCAUUUUUUUCCCUAAAUAACUAGAGAUCCGUUUUUCCUUCGGGGUAUAAUAUUUGAGAUAUACCUAUUUCACAGGGGGUAAUGGAAGGAUUCGCAAGCUAGCAGGCCAUGUGCUUCCAUAUGAGUAAGGCACACCCAACUAACAUAAACUUAAAUGUCCCCCGUUUAGACUAAAAAGAAGACUGUAAUUUAGAACCUUGAAGGCUUUGUUUGGAAUUAUUCUUCCUGUAUACCUUCCAAAACUCCACUUAUUUAGAUGUACCUUGUACUGUAAAGAUUUCUCUCAUUCAAAGGCAUUAGUAGCAAAUAAUUUUUAAGCAUUCUUGGUAUGUAUGAUGUUGGGUUAAGCAUCAUGUGUUCAGAGUGUUUUCAGUAAGAAAGUAAUCCAUCCCUAGGAUAGAGGGUGGUUCUUUGUUUGCUUGAAGAAAAAAGUAUAAGAACAUAAUUUGCUUUCCCCAGACUCUUUUUUCCUUUUUUUCAUGUAAUUUGGUGUUUUUUAUUUUUUAAUCACAUCUUGACUAAAAUGUGUCUAUCUAAAGGGAUUACUAAUAUUUGCUUUUUAAAAACUGUUCUCUAGUCAUUUGGGGAAAAAAAUGAAGCAAGUAACUGAAUUGUAUGUAAAAAUAACAUUUAAACCUGUGGAUCAGGGAUUAUUUUCAAAAAUUAGAUAUCAAUUUGGUAUCAGAAAAUGGUGGCUUUUCUCUUUAGUAAAUCAGUUAACUAAAUGCCAAUUAAGAAUAGAAGCAGAGGUGAUUCAUUACAGGCACUGGGAGGUGACUGACUCCUAGGGAUAACCAUUUGUAUCCUAUUCCAAAGUCUUAUUUUAUAGUUUGAAAAGCACUUUGCACACAGUUCUUGUAUAUACAAGUAAGGAUGUAAUUAUGGGAUAUAGUGUGACUGCUUUGUUUAAUAAGAGCCUCGUUUAAAAUUUUAAAUUGACAGCUGGUAUUUUUUUAAUGAUCUACUUCUUUUCUGUUUCUUUAUUGUAAAACUACGUUAAAAAUAAAAGGUUAAUGAGAA